ACUGCCUGCUGUUGGCAAAUUUAUCAAGGCUAUUCCCAUAGCUGAUCAUUCUCUAUCUAUCAAUAUUCCACCCGUCAUAGGCUCGGCAUUGACCUCGGUCCCGUCUCAAUACACGAUCACCCUCACGGGGCGCCAAUACGUCGCCGACAGCAGCCAAUCGCAGCAAGAGAAUACUGGACUCAGCAAGGAUAAAAUGAUUGUCAUUCUGACUGUCAUCUGUCUUUUCCUGGAGCUCAUCAUAGUUACCUUCAUUGUUUGGUUGCUUUGGUACACCUGCUUCCGCCAGUGGUAUCAGAGACGCCGCUCGCGGCGUAACCCAGAAAGACAACGCGCAGAAGAGUUGCUGAACUCCCCUCCACGGCCUAUUGACCUCGAACUUGGUGUCAUCCAUGCUCGUUCUCCCCCGAAUUGGCCCUUGACUGAUACCGUGCCAUUGCAAAGCGCCACGCCUAGUAACUAUGACAAAGAGGAUAGGCAUGUGCAACUCCGUACCUCCCUUUCUUACGAGAAAUAUAGCAAUUACACGCCAAGUACACUCUCAGAAGCUAGUAGCCUGAGUGUACAUGUUGAUAGCCUGGACAUUACAGACAUCCAGGAUACCGGCGAGAUGCAGGUCCUCGAAUUCAAUUCCGACGAUUCAAACCCUGACCUCGAAGUAAUGCAAUCAAUUGCCGACUUCAUCAAGGACGGAGAAACUGAGAGUGACAUUACCAAUAAUAUGAUAGACCAGCGACGAAGCUCUGCGAUACCGGUCGUGAGUGAAACAGAGAGUGAUAACACCCAUUCCGAACUGUUCAACCCUAGAAUAGACAAUGGGGAGAUACCGAAUAUAGAAACUCCUAAAGAUGGCACCGAAGACGAGACAAGCGUACGAGACGGUCAUGUCAAGCAAGACUCGGCGUGCCAUGCCCAUUGAUCGCAAUUCAUUUCAGUCCGCCACAAGAAAGCUGGUCUAGGACCGUAGAACGGUCUCGUAUCUAUCUGUCCUUCCUAUUGUUUCUUUGCUCUAUAUAGUUCAAAAGUCCACUGCCUGAGGACACCGAAAGUUUAGGCAUCCGCAACUCUUGAAUAUACAUGGUAUAAGGUUCGGGUUUAUGGGAGCUGGAAUGUUCGAAUCUUCUACAUCGGAGCUUCGAUGUAGUCAAGAACUUGGCACGUGACGAAGACUGAGAUUAUAUCGAAGGGCAAGAGUGUGUGAAAAUGUGGAGCAUAAAGUCAGCAAUUCCUUUGAUUCAAAUUGUCUGUGGAAGUCCUCGGGUUAGUUGAUGCAACCUGCCUCUGCACACGCCCUUUUCGAUACGAGGGUGGUUACAAAUUGGGAGUCGGGUUGUCUGUUGAGGGACUGCUCUUCAUCCCUUUGUCCGGACGUCUCCAAGAAACCCUGUGCGAGC